UACUGUACUAGAAAUUGCGACCUUUCUGCGAUUUUUAUUGCGCCUUCCACAAAGCCACACGAAAAACGAUGUCAGGUUCCGAUGAGGAUUGGUUUAACCAGGACGAGGAGGACCUGGUGAAAGGGCUGCAGCAAAGAGAAAAGUCCUUAGAGCUGGAAAAGAAGGAGGAACACAUAGAAUGCCGCCCGCCAAGAAUGGGAGACUAUAUGAAACAACUGAGUUUGGAGACUUCCUCCGUAGAUGCAGGAAAAGAUGGAAAAACGUCUAAUCGGUUUUCCAUAAGCGAUUUGACUAAGGCCCUGAUUAUGCCGCCAAUAGAUAUGUUCCUCUACUUCAUGUCCGAUGAACGAGAUCUCUUCGUGAAUCAACUGGUGGCCAAUGAUAGUGUUAAACGCGUCUGCUUGUUUGUGAAUGUCCUGAAAUCACUAUGUCAACUGGAGUUGUGUGGAUUUGAUGAACAGUUCCUGUCUGCCUUCAGCCGGCAGUCCGUGCUCCUGGAGAAGAUCAAAAAUCUUUUGCUGGCCAAGAGUUCUGUGGGUAACUGUGAUGAGACUUCCACACUGCUACUUAGUCACAUAAAAUGGCUGCUCCUAAGAGCCCAUAAGCUUGGAGUACUUGGUUGCCAGGGCUAUGAAUUGGUAGAACUUUAUAAAAAAGUAGCACCCUCCUUAAAGAAUGACUUGACAGAAGGGCUAGAAGCAUUUACCGGAAAGUCAAUGUACAAUUUAAAGGGAGAAAUCUACCCAACGCUGGACAAGAUUCUGGGGAAAGAAGCAGCUAAAGAAUCAUCAGAAAAAGAUCUUAAUGUGGCUGACGAUCUAGACCAAUACUUAAACACACAGCGAAAUGUACUGUGCGAAGAUUUUUCUGCUCCCCUACUUGAGUUUGUCCAGCAGUUGCGUAAUGAAAAGCUUGUCAAGGAGCUUGAACAACAAGGCCUUUUGUGGGCCAGUACUUAUCUGACCUUAAAUCCACAGUUGGCCGAGGCUCAGCGCCACAGUCUGGUUUUUCUAUCAGUGAAAUCCAUUGGAAUUUCCAAGGAAAACAAUAAGAAUGUGCUGCAAAACAUGAAAUCAGGAGCUUUACUAUGCCUAACAACGAACCCUAAUCUUGAUGAUCUCAUUCUGGCCACAGUUGGCUACACAGAACCAGAAAAAUGGAAAGAGGGUUGUUUGAGCGUCCAGAUUGUCAAACAGUAUAACAUUGGCACUAUUUACGACCGACCGUUGUAUAUGUUCCAGACUCCAGUGUUUUUUGAACCGUAUCUUAGGGUUCACAACUAUUUAAGCACGUGCAGCACAGAACAGUUUCCCAUGCGUCGCUAUAUUGUAGAUAGAAAGUUUGAUGUAUCACCGCCAAAGUACAUGACAAAAGGAGUUAAAGUGAGUCUUAAAAAUCAGACGUUCAAUGAAAGUCAGCAGAAAGCUUUUAAGGAGGCCUUAAGCAGGGAAUUUAGCAUUAUACAAGGUCCUCCAGGCACGGGCAAAACACAUCUCUCAGUUGAGUUGGUGAACUGGUUAAUACAGAACGCCAAAGUCUUGGGCACCGGUCCUAUUAUUGUGUUGACCUACACCAACGACUCGUUGGACAAAUUUCUCGUGAAGGUAUCACAGUAUACCCAAGAAAUCCUUCGCUUUGGCAGUCAGACGCGCGAUCGGCAAAUCGACAAGUUCAAUGUGCGCACCAUGGUAAAUCCGGACUUGGUGCCACCUCGCUUGAAGCGAAUUUGGUGGCUGGUCAAUUGCGAGUACAAGGAGAAGUUCCAGUACUUGCAAAGCCUGUACUCGAAUUUUGAUGGCAGCGAGGAGAGCUACCAGCAGACUCUGUUGGCUCAGCAGGAAGUGCACCAGGUGACCGAAAAGAUCGAAACACUUCGCAUGGUUUUUCAGUUCUUCCUGGCAAAGGAGAAGGAUCUGCUGGCCAUGACAACUACAUGUGCAGCUCGACUAAACUUUCUCUUCCGGUUGCUUAAAUCAAAGUGCGUUAUCUUUGAGGAGGCAGCAGAGAUUCAGGAAGCGCAUAUUCUGGCUUGCCUUACGCCGCACACGGAGCAUGUGAUCCUAGUCGGCGAUCACAAGCAGUUGCAACCUUUCUCGGGCAGCAGUCAGGUGCCACAAAUCUCCCUUUUCGAGCGUCUCAUCGUGGCUGGCAUGCCAUUCUCCCUGCUAAAUCUGCAGUACCGCAUGCGACCCUCUAUUUCGGAGCUCCUUGUGCCCACUAUUUAUGACGAACUGCUGUGCUCUGAGUCAGUUAAGCAAUACAACGACAUCCGCCUUAUGGAGAAAAACUUGUUCUUUGUGCGGCACACCCAACCGGAGCAACGGGCCUCUGAUAUGUCCUUCGAAAACCCGUACGAAGCUGCCAGGUUGUCGGAACUAUUUGCGUUUCUUAUCCAGAAAGCCAAGUACAAGUUUGACGACAUUGUUAUACUUACACCUUACAAUGCGCAAAUAGAGUGCAUCAAAAAAGCGCUUCCCCGCAAGUAUCGAUUGAACGCCAAGGUGUCCAGUGUGGAUAGUUUCCAGGGCUUGGAAGCCAACAUUGUGCUGCUUUCGCUGGUGCGCAGCAAUACGUCCGGCCAAAUCGGUUUCCUGCGGCAACCGAAUCGAGUGUGCGUCGCACUUUCUCGAGCCCGCUGGGCGCUGUAUAUUAUUGGUAAUCUAGAGAUGUUGCAGCAUUCCUACUCCAAACUUUGGAGUCCCAUUGCAAAGCGUUUGACCGAUAGCGCGGCCAUUGGAGAGGCUUUUCCCACCAUAACUUGUGCCUGACAAGUUUAUACAGUUUAUAGUAUAGUAUGUGUAUAUACAUUUGAUUCUCUUUACUUUAUUUGUAUCGAUGAGGGGUUUUUGGUGAAUAAAGAUCGUCUGACGAUG